GGCAGGCCCUGCCCCGGGUGGCAGCAGAAAGCAACACGGAGCAACAGAUGCUGCAGGGGAGAACUUCCACACUAGAGAAGUUUCCAGUAAGAGGUGAAGAUAGGAAAAGGAGCAGAUAAGAAAAUCUGUUUUUACUUUUCCUCGUGCUCAUCGUGAGAUCGCUGCCAAAAGAAACAAGGUCUUGGAUCAGUGUCCAAAAAGAAGCUACACCUCCUCCCAAGCCUCACAUCUGCAACCUUCCUCCUUGUCUCCUUCUGUUGUCCUUCCUCCUCUCAGCAGCAGAUCCCUUUGCUACUCUGCCGGUCUCGUUCCAUUUUCUCCGUCCCAGAUAACGCGAUGGAUCGCUCGACGCAGGAGCUGUUCCUCAACUUCAUGAUCGUCUUAAUCACCGUGCUGCUGAUGUGGCUGCUAGUGAAAACUUACCAGGAACACUAAACUAUGAAGCAACAAGAGAGGAGAUGAAGGAGAGGCGGAGGGGGUGGAGAGGGAAGCCAGCAUGGUUUGCUGUAAGACUUUGCUGCUGAUUGAAUUUUUGUCCAGACACAGUGUUUACAACAUUUCAUUCAUUUAGUCUACGGUCACAGGUUUGAUCCAGUAUUCAUAUGAAGUCAGAUACCAAUGCUGAAGCCGUGGCAGGCUGGUCUUGGAUCCAAGUUCUGAGUUUUUUUUUAAUGUGGCCCUGAAUUUCUGACACAAGGCAAAGAGGUAGAGCUGAGAGGGACAAUAAAAGUAAAUAAAAGGUGGUUGAAUUUUCAGGUUUUCACUGUGGAAACCCUAAAAGCGAGGGAACACUGCAAUGUGAUUGCGUCAUUCGUGUGACUUUUGACUUCUGUUUUCAUAAAGUGAUGCAUGUGACAAACCCACAAAUUGUUUUUACUCAUCAAAGAAGACAUCAGCACAAAUAAGGAAGCAUCGUGUUUAUGUUCACUUCUUGCCAUUAAACAGUCUUUCAGUCAUUGGAUUUGUUUUCUGUCUCAUAACACAAACUUGAAUGAUUUACACUGCAAAGCCCAUAUUUUCCUCUGUGUGGUUUCUUACACUUGAUGUUCAUGUACUCUUUGAAGUUACAGAGUGUCACAGAGUUGACAACUGCAGAUAAAGUUGCACUUUUUUCAAAUAAACAAAUGUGGGAUUGUGUGCAACAUGAGAGGAGAAGCAGGCAUGCAUGGACACAUGACAUUAGUAAGAUAAUAAAGGCAAGCUGUUUAAAGUGAA